CCGAUCAUUUGCGGGGGAUAUCUGCUUAUUUAUAUAUCUUCCUAGAUCUAUACCACUUGGGAUCUGUGCAAGGAAGAAAUUUACAAGGGGAAAGAUGACGGGGCGGAAGUCGGACCCGACCAUCGUCCACCUGGUGUGGGAUGCCAUCCAGAGCUGCAUGACCCAGCGCCAGCAGCCCAACUUCGAGAGGGUAUCCAAGCAUAUCAUGCGCUUCAACAGCAUAUCACCUGAUGUGAUCGAGGACGAGCUUUCUAAGGUGGUGGACGAUGGUUUGGUGCGGUUCGUGCAACGGCUGGGAGCCAAGGGAUCGAAGAAGGGAGAAGAACAAGAACUGUAUAAACUGCCCAAAGGACCCCCGGCGCCGAGCGAGCACGACUGGUACUGCGCCAGCUGUCACCAGCCCGGCGAGCUGCUGGCCUGCUCCGGCUGCCCAUCCGCCCGCCACAGCAAGUGUCUGACGGAAGCCGAGCGUCAGACGCCCUUCACCUGCCCACAGUGUCAGAUGGCCGCAGCGGAGCAAUGUGAUAUCAAGAAGAAAACACUCAACACGCUUUUGGGGUACACCGUUCUUCGCCUUAAAGCAAGGAUGCUGCCGCUGACGGCGGAGGACGCCGGCGUGCUCUCCCCCAGCUCGGACCCCGAGCAGCGCUUCCGCACCGCCUACCUGCUCUACCGGCCGCUGGAGAUCUUCGACAUCGAGGACAAGCUUGACAGACAGGUGUACAGCAAGCUGUCGGAGUUUGAAGGUGACGUGCGGUUGAUGGUGCACAACAUUAUCGUCAUGAACGGAGCGGAGUCGCAGGCGGCGGCGGUGGCCGGCCAGGUGCUGCAGGACUGUCUGCAUGACGUCCAGGAGAUCCGCAUCUGCCGCGAUUGCUACCGCAUGUCCAACGAGAAGCCCGGCAAGAACUGGUUCUGUCGGCCCUGCCGGCCGCCGCACGAGCUCGUCUUCGCCAAGCAGAAGGGCUACCCGUUCUGGCCCGCCAAGGUGAUGAAGACGGAGAACGACAUGUUUGAUGUGCGAUUUUUCGGCGAGCCUCACGAGAGGGCGUUCGUGACGCGGGGGCAGAUCCGGCCCAUCACUACCUCGCUGCAGGCGCUACAGAUCAAGCGAAGCAACCCCUGGACGCGCGCCCAUGACGAGCUGAAGCGGCACCAGGCGCAGCUGCGCCGCGUGGAGGAGCAGCCGUCGCUGCUCAACUCCGACUCGGAGCCGGGACUCGAGUCAGAGCCAGAGUCGACCGACUCGCCGCUGCGGGAGGGCGCCGCCCCGCCUCCGACCAAGCGACGUCGCAGGGCCUUCGAUCCGGACGAGGACUGGCCUGAGCCACAGCCGCGCACCGUCGCCACCCAGACGCCGGCCAAGUUCCUGCGCACCGGCGCCACCGAGCAGCAACACGAGCUGGCCAGCCUGGAUACCCAGUACCGCCAGCAGCUGUCCGCCUCCAAACGCAAGCAGUGGUGCUUCAAUUGCGAACAGGAGGCCAUCUACCACUGCUGCUGGAACACCGCCUACUGCAGCACCGAGUGCCAACAGGUCCACUGGCACAAGGAGCACAAGCGUGUCUGUCGCCGUAAGCGCACGCUGUGA